AUGGAGAGCAGAAACGUGAUGGUGAUGAUGACGGGGACAUUGGUGGUAGAGACAGAAGCACUGUCUUUGGACGGUCCUUAUCUUAAAAGGUUGUAUCCUCUUUACAACACAGAGAAGACUGUUUCUCAAGUCAUCAGUGUUAAAAGAUUGAAGCACCCUCAUGGACCUUCAAGAAAAUGCUCAAGUUACGGUCAUGGGCAUCAUCCUUCGUCAGCAUUCGCGUCGGAUGGCGGAGAUUCCACCAAAUUUUGGUUCGAUUCUUGGACACCGUUGGGUCCUCCAUGGGAUGUUUCCGGUGCCACCGGAACUGCUCAAAUGGGCAUUCCUCGGGAUGCCUUUGUUUCCAACGCCCAUAACCAAGGUCGUUGGAGGCUGGCACAUCCGCGAUCUGAUGCUGCCCUCGCUCUCGCCACCUACCUUGCAGGUUUGCAUCUAUCCUCAGACCCAGACACCUGUAUAUGGAUAGCCAACAGCCUGCCUAUCACUACCUUUGUGGCUAAGGACAUAUGGAAAUCACUCGGGAGUUCGGCAACUUCCUCGCCUCCCCUAGCCACCAUAUGGUAUAAAGGCCAACAAGCCUUCAUGUUCUGGUUGAUCAAUUUGAAUCGCUUCCCAACAAAAGAUCGCAUGAUCUCAUGGGGAAUUGGAAACAAUCCCCUCUGCCUGUUAUAUAAUUCCUCAAGAGAUCACAUCUUCUACAGCUGA